CACUAUUUAGUAGGGGUGUUUGUAACCCAUAUUUGUUUUUUCUAAUAUUAUAUUCGUGCAAUGAUUAACUACAUCUUUAACAUAUUGUUCAUUUACUUAACAUUACUCAUAAUUGAUGUGAUAAUUCUUCUGAUAGGUUUAGAGGCUGUUUUAGGGAGUUCCAUAUAUACACCCCUAUCAUACAAUUACAGUUUCUGGAAUUUAGCAUUGUUUUAGCUGUUUUUAAUGACCUCUUGGACACUGGAAAUGUUCGAAGUACAGCUCACUGGUAUAUUCUUUAUUAAGAUUAAGAUGACUUUAUAUUGCUCGAUCCGACAGAUGCCAUAGUCAAAGGAAGAGGCACAUACCUGGUUCUCGACAGGAUGGAUGACUAUAAUAUUUGCAUUCGAUGUUUGUGAUCGCAUUGAUGUUUACGGACUUGUUCCUGAAAAUCACUGCAGCAAAUUGGCGAACUGGACUACACCGUAUCAUUACUACGAUCUUGAGUUCAGAUCAGAAUGCGACUAUUAUAACACAAGCGAAACCCAUUUAUUAAGUGGCCACAAGUUUCUAACGGAAAAGGCUGUAUAUGCAAGGUGGUAUAAAAAGUACAAUCUCAAUUUCUACCAUCCAACGUGGGAUGCCGAGGACUUGGAAACCAGUAACAACCGUACCAACAGCACUUUCUUAGAUACCCCGUAUCUUCGACGGUAUCAACGCGCUAUGGAAACUGGUGAAAUGAAAGAAGCUUUGCUCAAACUUGAAAAGAAAGAACACAAACUUCAAAGAAUGGAAAAACGAAAAGAAGCUAGACUUGAGAAGGCAGGCAGAAGAAAAUCAAGGAGAGGACGGAGACGAAAGGCAAAGACUGGAAAUUCACCGGAACAAAAUAGCACAUUGCAAGGAGGCAGUGAUCAGAAAAGAAAUCAAUCUACAGGGACUAUACUGUAUUAAGAAAAUUCAGAAACAUAAACACUGGUAUAUAAUCUUACAUGAUCGUGACAACCAACACAAAAAGAACCUACUAUAUCAUAUCCAUCGAUUAUAUGCUGGGUCACCAAUGUAGGUGCCUUCAGCAGGAGGGGGACUGAUGGUGGUCCUGAGGACGAUUUCAGCAGCACUUAUUUCCUACAAGUUACCCUGCAGUCGUAAAUAAAGUAUAGCACAAGAGGGUUCGUCGACUGCUGAUAUCACAGGGAUUUCGAGCCCCUCAAGCUUAAUCCAUAGUGAAUUCCUCCCAAGCAAGUAAUUCUGCGGGCAGACAAUUGAGCCCAUCUGACAUAUAUUCUGGGGGUCGAAAUCACUCGGGAUAUCUUUUUUUCCACCCCACUCGGCAUAGAUAAUUCAUUUACCUAGAUUCAGAGUGAGAAGACUUUUACUUGCAGACCAAAGGCGACGUUUUGGGACAUAGACAUUGACCUAUGCCCUAUACCCGUAUUUUUAAGGAAACAUUUACAUCUGAAAGAAAUCAAAUCGAUAUGUAUACGGUAUAGGUGUUUAUAUCAGAUACAUCUUUAGGAUAGCUACCAUGUAUUUUUAUUUUAUGCGUACUGUGCAAUGCAUACGUAUUAAACGUCCACAAUUACAUUUUAAAAUAGCAUUAUAUUUGGAACCAGUUAUAUAUACAGUAUACAGCCGCCAAAAUAAAAACAAUUUAAAAAAAAUAGAUUUUAAAAAGGGGAAUUAGGCCUACUCAUUUAAAAAAGCCAAAUAAAUUAUUCCUUUACAAAAUAUAGUUGUAAAUAGGCGCUGAGUAAGCUGUAUGCCUCCAGAUUUUGUCCUGGGAUUUUCACAUUACUUACCUUUGAUUAUCAUUCAAGCAAGACAUAUUGGUGAUAUUAGGUUUUGAUUUUUAUUGAAGUCCUGAUCUAUAUCAAUUUUACAGUUAACAGUAAAAUGCUAAACGUUUCUAGAAAUCUUAGUUAAUUUGUAGUGUUAAUAGUGAGGCCUAAUGUUUACUGUUUCAUCGUUGGCAGUUUCUUGUGUCUUAGUGCUGUGUGGCAUGCACAUGAGCCUCACAGAACUUCAUCAGUUCACAGUUGCUCUGUUCAUUGACUGUUCUCUACAGUUAUAUUUCCUUAGUUUUGUCAGAUGUUUAUGCUGAAAUAAACAGGUGGGAGUGUGUUCUGUA